CGAUCCCAUCUGUUUUGCUUUCCCCCUCCCUCAUCUCUUCACCACUUCAACCCAUAUCUUCCUGAUACUCUUUCUCUUCAUCACCAUCUUUUGCCUUCUCACUACACGAUUUUCUCGCUUACAACGCGCUUCAAAAUCUUCUCCGUUGAUACCGGUACCUUUUCACAAUCGUCCGGAUUCCAAAUCCACCAUGGCUGGCGUAUUCUCGACCCAGCAACGCGUGAUGGAGGACAUGACCAUGAGAAACAUGAGCGUAAUGGAUACUGAAGACACUAGUAUGGGGGCGGAAGAACAAUACUACGACCCCAUGGAUAUCAGCCCUCUUCCCUCAAACGAACCGUCACAGACCACCGCCCAGAACCUCCCUAGACCUGAUUACUGGGUUCACUUUACUCCCCCAAAAAGCGGUGGUGUGCCCAAAGCUACCAGACUCGACGGAAAGCCGGCGACACGAGCUCCAAUAAUUAGACCGUUGACGCGAUUCUCACCGCAGGCGCGAAUCGACCCAUCGACUGGCCGCUUCAAGCAGCAGUUCAUCGCGCAGCCUUUUCUCCGAGAUACUUUUGCCUCGAACAACAUAAUCGGCCAUUUAAACAACAAAACCAAUGCCUUCACCUCGAUCAACAGAUACAGCUCUCACUCGAAUAACGUACUAAAGUCUCUGUCUAAUAAGCCAGUGACUAUCGGAACAAGCGUUCCCACCACACGUGAUUCGUCUUUCAAUAGUCUUUUGACCACCCAGUCCAUUUGGGACCGCAAAACUCCUAGUUUUGAGUCGAACACAUCGAUUACCACUGCGACAUCUUUCAACUCUCGGAAGAGAUCAGUCGACGAUGGUUUCAAUGAAUCGACUCACCGGGUUACCCCCGAGACGGAUAGCCCGUCGAGCAAAUAUCGACGCGUUAGCGAGGAAGGGUUCCCAAAUUCCGCGAUCACAAGCAAGGCAGAAACCCAGAAAGCUGAAGCGCUAUCAACCCACGCUGCGCAUCCUAUCCAGGAACACACCGUGCCGACCGCUACAUUUCCCGUUCGCCACGAUGCUUCGACGCAAUCCCAGUACUUGACCGCUCCUGUCGCACUCGCGGCCGAGAGUAAUUUCUCUACCCGCGAAAACGUUUCUGGCCAAAUUGGUCAUUCCAGCCCUGCUGAUGCCCUCAUUCCUGGUGGAUGGCCUGAGCAGCCUUCCCACGAUAAUUUAUCCGCCACUGCAACAUCUAAUGCUCCUUCCGUCAAUGAUGUAUUGCGCGUAGGAGAAGACCCUCUCAUGACGGGUGCACUUAUCGCGCCAUCUCUUACCACCUCACUACCUGGUCCUAGUGGCUCGAACACCGCUACUGAUGAAUCUGGUAAUGCGGACGAUCAGCGGAUGCAAGCGAUUGACACUCUUGACAGCAACCUCUACAAUAGACAGAUCUCACAUAUGCUACGCCCGUACUGGGCAACAUGUUACGCCAUUGUCAAAGGCGCCUACGCUGCGUCGGGAACUGUCAAGAACGUUUUUACUAAGACUUGGAAUAUGAUUGGGCAGCCCGUGGUUGACUACGUACAACAUCGUCGCCGUCCGCAGCCAUCCCGCCGCUCUCCUGGCCUCAGAGCUUCUCCGUCACGAGCUGCAGCACUUCGUCGCCUCCCCGAGGAGCAGAGACGCAUGAUCAGAGACCAUGAAAGGCGUAGGCAGAGAGGUUACCCCACAGUGCAAAACCUUCCUUUCCCAGAUUUGACUCUGGACAUUCCACAAUCUCCGACCAUUGGGUCUUCACCUUUCAUGGAGAUGCCAAAUGAUUCUUUCGUCAUGUCACACGCCGCAAUCUUUGAGAGGGAUCCUCGACAGCGCGGCAACCGUUAUCCUGAGAGUACAGGACACCGCUGGACUAAUAGAAGAUUCAGCAAACCGACAGGCGUCCAGAAGUCCCCGCAGGUCAAGUCUAUGAGCCCUAAUCUUAAGCGCCGGUUGUGGCCAGGUAGGAACCUGGAGCGUGGCAAACGCGAACUUGCGCUACAAAAAGCAUGGAAAACAGGGGAUUUCAGCGAGGUCUUGAAGGACCAGGGAUCCCAUGUAUCCACCCACAUUGGACUUUCCCAACGCACCGAACGUCUAGGCCAGCCCGCGCCAAAAGAGGGGCCGAAGCCGAAGCCGAAGAAGCGAGUGCGCUUCAAGGAUCCGAUUGAACAGUUCAUCCCGGAGCCUACUCUCCCUGACCUUGCUCCGUACCUUCAUCCCACGUCUCCCAACGUCGAACGUGUUUCUGCUAAAAAAGCAUACAAUGAACAGAAGGAGAAUGUCCCACCAAUUUCUAGGUCGGCGGUAAAGACUGACACUGAAGAUGAACUGAUUGGAUUUGGAGGACAUUGGUGGGAAGAUCAGAUUGAGUAUCCACUUGGACGACCCGUCUCAGCCGUGAGCCUCUUUUACCCCGAAGCGAAACCGCUUCCGCCCGGCCGGACGGAGUCUGUCUAUGCUGAGGAGUGGAGAAAGAUCGAAGAGGAGGAGAAGCGUAAGCAAACCCCAGCACGAGUUCGUGUUGAAGGUCCAGCUGUACGCCCUCUUUCAGGGGAGUGGAUGAGCCGAGUGUCCAAUGCCAUGGCCACACACAGCAACCGCCGCAUCGCCACUACUCUGUCCGGUGACCCGCUGACGAAGAAGGAUCUGUCUACUUGUUUUACUCCCAUGGCCUGGUUGAACGAUGAGGUUAUUAACUCAUACCUUGCUAUAAUCGUCGACUAUCUGCGCCGCACGAAUCACAACAACGGCCGUGGUGACAAACCCCGGUUCCACGCUUUCAAUACUUUCUUUUUCUCCAACAUGCGCGACAAAGGCUAUCAGUCUGUCCGACGCUGGGCCAAUCGUGCCAAGAUUGGCGGCGCGUCUCUUCUUGACGUGGAUACCGUGUUUGUUCCAGUGCACAACAGUGCACACUGGACGCUUAUCGUGAUCAAGCCAUUGGAACGCACCAUCGAGCAUUUUGACUCGCUGGGCUCACUCUCGCACCGGCACGUGGGAGUGAUGAAGGAUUGGCUCCGUAACGAAUUGGGCCCUCAUUACCUCGAGGAGGAAUGGCGCGUCCUACCGUCUGUCUCUCCUCAGCAAGACAACGGUAGUGAUUGCGGAGUAUUCCUUUUGUCUACCGCAAAGGCGGUGGCCAUCGGCCUCGAGCCACUAUCCUAUUGCGCGCGGGACAUUGUCUUGCUGCGCAAGAAGAUAGUGGCCGAGCUGAUGGCCGGCGGGCUGGAGGGGGAUUUUGAUCCGGCCUCCGGCGGGGAGGUGUUGCUCUAGAGCAAUUCCCUCCCGGUGGAGGAGGAAGACCAAACCAUCAAGGUUGUAUUUUGUUGUCUUUUGUUCUUCUUAUUUCCUUGAUUUCUUGCAUUGCGUGGAGUUUGGAGGUUGUGAGAGUAUGGGAUGGAUAUAUUGUAAGAGUUCGUUUUGGGAUCAGCAACGGCGUUUGGCACAUGUACGAGUGAUACCCGUCAGUUGAAGCAAAGCUCCUGACAUAUGACAUUGAAUUGGGUCUGCUGGCGAAAAUCGCUUUUGAUGCUUACAUGCACAUACAGCAAUGCGACAUGUGGAUGGAUUGAAAUAAAGACAUGGACAUGGUUGAUUUGAGUGCUAGAUAUCUGUGGAUACAAUGUAGACCAAUGUGAAUAUCUGCAAA